AUGUCUCAACAUAGAUCGAAAGUUAAUGGUAAAGUUGUUGAGACGUUUCUCGAUUUACGAGGAAAACAUGACUUCGUAGUCGUGAAAUUGGACGACGGUGUUCAAUUCGAAUUUCCUGUACCAACUAUUCAGGAAAUUCGUGAUAGAUUUUUCUUCAAAAAGGCAAAAACUCAACCUGAUAAACCGGCUCGUCCACCAAAUAAGUUUUUUAUUUUUCGUUCUAUUUUUCAAGCGGCUAUCUGUAAUUUAAAAUUUCAAGUUCCAACUGUUUCUUGUCUUGCGAGUGAAGCUUGGAAAAAGUGUACUCCUGAGGUUAUUGAGUUAUUUACAAAACUUGCAAAUACCGCAAAAAUUGAACAUGGGUAUAUCAAUCCUGGAUAUGUUUAUAAACCUAAUAGGAAACAACGUCAUACAAAACCUCAAAUUAAUCCUGGUAAUUUAAUGAGUCCUAUGAUUUCUCUCUCAUGUUCACCAACUUCUCCAAUUUGGACUUCUCCUUCAAGAUCAAAUUCAUUUAUGCAACAAGAAUCACGUCCUUCAAUCUCUUUUGCGUUACAAACAAACUCGUUUACAACUUUUGAAAAUUUUCAGACAACUUUCCCUGCUCAAUAUACUUAUGCUAUGAUUGAUCCUCCAUUUCAUUAUAUGCCUCCUAAUGAAUCGUCUCACAUUCAUUACCAACAUUCUCAACACCCUAAUAUGUAUAUUCCACAUAUACCACACAAUGAAGUAUCAAUCGAUCAAUUUAACGCGUUUAGAAAUUCUCAUAAUUCUUACACUCACGAUAUUAAUACUAUUUUAUCCAUGAGAAAGAAUGAUAAUGUAACGUCAAAAGAAUCUAAUCUUGCCGAUCAGCCUUUGGAUAGAUAUAAAAUUAUGCAAGACAUUCGUCCAGAACGUGAGGAUAAAACUUCUAUAGUGGAGAAUAAUCAUUGA